AUGAUAAGACGCUUCCCUUUCAAUAGAAGGAUAAAGCUUCUUUUACUUUUCUUGUUUGGUCUUUCCGCCCUCCAAUUAUUCUUCUAUGGUCUGUCGUCUGCCACCGAAAACAUUAACGUUCAGGUCACUGGAUCACUAUCUGAUGAAUCCGAAUACCAUAUCAACGCCAACCUUAUCCAGAACUUGAUCAACAAGAGCUACAAGAUCCCAUCAUCUCAUUAUAAACGACUCUUCGAUGUCCAUGGCCCGGAUUUCCUUUUACAUUAUUCCACCAUCGAUAAAUGUAAUCUUUAUUUCCGGACAUUGUAUGACGAAAAAGGUGACAACUGGAACUCCUUAUAUCAAAACGGGGUAAACAUUAAUGAUUUACCUCAUGACGCCGGGGUGUUUCUUGAAGAUAGGUAUCUUAAUAGACUUAAGGAUCAAUUGCUUGAAGAAAAACAAAAAACUGAAGAUGAAUCCCUGAUCACCCCCGAUGAAAUGAAUGGUCUAAUGAGAGAUUAUCUUGCCAUGAAGAACAGUACCAUUGCAACCGAAAAUCUCUUGAUCGAUAUCAUCACCCACUUUAGAGUUUUUGAUAAAUGUUAUAUUAGUGGUGCUUUAAUUGAUGAUGGGUCCGAUUCCAAUGCUGUGGACAAAGAAUUAAAUGAAUAUAAUAAAUUAGUCCUGAUCAUUGACAGACUCAAAGGAGAAGUUAAUAAAAAGCUUGACUCUUUUGGAAACUUCAUCACUGAUACCGUCAAUAGUUUGAUCUAUGACAGUAAUUACGAAGACUUUGAUUCGUAUGAGAAUGGUCAUGAAAAGAGAGAGGCUGCUGAGCGUGGCGCCACUAGCUAUAUGACUAAAGAAAAGGAACACUCCAGUAUGUGCGAAAAAAUCGAAUCAACAUUAUUCCCUUGGCUAUCUCAUACCAUGCCAACCUUCACAAGAUGGGAUGGUCAAGUAGUCAAAGAACCUCCAGUGAUGAAUGAUUAUUACGAAUAUCCAGAAUCAAAUAUCGGAUCACUAAUUCCUAAAUCAGAAGAUAAUUGUUGGGUCAACAAAUUUCGCUCCCAAAUGAAUGGCCGUGGUAUUGUGCUCUCAGCAUCUGACUCCCAUUUCGAUGAUCUUGUAGCAUUGCUCAAAAUCUUGAGAGUGUUGAACAAUCAUUUACCAAUUCAGAUCAUUCAUAAAGGCGACUUGGAUCCAAAGUUCCAAAAAUUGCUUGUCCAAGUGGCUCGUGAUGAAUUAUCUGAAGAAAGCAAAAUUCAAGACCUUCAUAAACAAUAUCACAAGCAUCUUGAAUAUGUCACUGAUGGUCCUGUUGACCUCAGUUAUCCAAAACAGGAAAUUUGGUUCGUGGAUACCUCGGAAUCUGUCGCUGAGGAUUAUCGUCAAUUCUUCGAUGCCUAUCUGAACAAAUAUCUUGCCCUUAUAUUCAACUCUUUUGAUGAAAUUCUUCUUAUGGAUACCGACACUAUCCCAUUUGUGUCACCAAACACAUUUUUCCAAUCGCCUCACUAUAAGAAUUCCGGCACCUAUUUCUUCAAAGAUAGACUUGCCGAAGAUUUCAUUCUUGCCGAAGAUAUUCAACUUUUCAAGAAACUCCUUCCAACCAUAUACGAUGAAAUCUUUUUUGGGAUUCCUGAAACCACUUCCAAAACUUUAUCAAGCCGUCUUUUCUCUAUUCAUAAUUUCAAACAUCUUAUGGAAUCGGGGAUUAUGGCUUAUUCGCGUUCCACUCACUUUUCUGGAAUGUUUGCCGCAGUACAGAUACGUUUAUGGGAAAAACUCAUGGGGGAGAAAGUCUGGGGUGAUAAAGAAACUUAUUGGAUUGGUAUGGCAAUGAUGGGGGAUGAAACAUAUGAAUUCAAUGCUAAUGGUGCGGGUGCCAUUCUUGGCACCAACUCCACUAGUAAUUUGAUCACCAAACCUGCUGCCGGGAGAAGCGGUUAUUCAUAUCAAGUAAGAGCUUGUUCUGUUCAACCGGCCCAUAUUGCUGACCAUGAUAAUGCUACUUUACUCUGGAUUAAUUCCGGGUUCAAAAAUUGUAAAAAAAGCAGAGCCUACCAAGAUGACAUCAAUCUCAUCAAAUAUAAAAAACUUUUCUUGGGACAUAAAAGUACCACUACUGAUGUUCCAACUUCACCCACUGCGGCCCCUGAUGAGAAAGGGGAUGUCAGUGGCUUUUCUGAAGUUCAAAUGGCCGAAGGAAGACAAGCCCUUAAAGAUUUUUAUAAUGAGCCUAUAUCGGUGUAUGGUGUCCUUAUUCCGCCACCAAAAGAAAACAUUGGUCGUCUUCGUAUAAGCCCACAUCUUAAGGGCUGGAGAAUGGUGAACGAAUGUCUUGGGUUCAAAUACUGUGCCAGUGAUAAGCUUACUAGCUCAACAGUACAGAAGGGUGAUGCGUUGGGAGAAGGCAAAGCGGAAAGAGGUUUUGUUUUCAACACCAAGGGUAUAAAUGUCAUUAAGAGUGAUGUGGUAGACGAUGGUGGGAUAUUCGUUCAAUAUGAACACGAUAGACAAAUGGUCUAUGAAUUUUUUGGAGAAGUUUGGAAGAACGGAUAUAAUGCAUAUCGCCAGGGUACAGAAAAUUAUAAGCUUGCGGCUACUGAAGCAUAUUAG